AAAAAAAAAAAAAAAGAAGAAAGAAUAGCAUUCGUGCUCAGGGUAUUAGAGUUCCAUUGAUCAUGCAUUUUGUGGGCCUUCUUCAAAGAGGGACUGAGAUUUCGGUUUAAAACCGAGAAUGGCCAAAAUCGGGAAUUCGCUGAGUUUCCACGAAGAACCACCACUUCAUCCACGAAAUUGUCCUCAUGGCCUCCGAACAACCGUCUGUACUUGAUGAAACCAGCUUUGACGUAAUCGUUCUCGGCACAGGUCUUGUCGAAUCGAUCCUUGCUGGAUCCCUCGCUCGCAUCGGUAAAACGGUGCUCCAUCUGGAUAGCAAUCCCUAUUAUGGCGGUAACUGGAGUGUUUUGAAUUUCCGAGAUCUACUUUCGUGGGUCAAAGAUCGAUCAGACUGUGUAAUGAACGAACAAGAAGCGGAUAAUACGAUACAUUACAAGAAAAGAUACGAAGAGAACUUCAGAAAUAUUGAUUUCAAACUGUAUGAACCCUCGACGGACAGUAAGGAGGACUCGAAAUCGUUGGAAACAGCCCCAUCACAGUUGCAAGAGGCGAUAGCGGCAUUACAUACACAUUUGCAACCAUCCACACUCUGGGAAGAAGACGUGAUCAAAUCAGCGCUAGAGCGUGAAGCCGCAAUAAUCACUGAAAGUUCCACCACUGAUCUCACCAAAAGUGUGUCGAAAUUAGAGAGGAUGCUGGACAGCGUGAAACAGUCAAGAUCCUAUAAUCUCGAUCUUGCACCCAAAAUACUAGGCUGCCGAGGCGAGUUGGUUGAAGUAUUGAUGCGGUCCGGGGUCGGUCGUUAUCUGGAAUUUCAAGGUGUCAAUGAUAUUUUCCUUUACGACGCCGCUGAUGACCAUUUUGAAAAAGUACCCAGUUCAAAGGAAGACGUAUUCACCAACAAGUCAAUCGCUCUCGUGGAAAAGCGUAAAUUGAUGAAAUUUCUCACGUUUGCCAUGAACUAUGAUGAACAGGAUGUGGCUUCUCUAGAAGGCUAUGAGACGGCCCCUUAUGAACGAUUCCUGGAGGAAAAGUUUAAAAUUACUGGCAAGCUCCAGGCUGCAAUCCUUUAUGCCAUCGCCAUCGUCGACAGCAAAGCCCUUACGCCACAAGGCCUGGCACGGACACAGAGCUUUAUGAAGUCCAUGGGACGAUUUAGUAAAGGUGGUUAUCUUUGUGCGCUGUAUGGCGGCGGCAGCGAGAUUGCACAAGCUUUUUGCAGAGUAUGUGCCGUUUACGGAGGCGUUUAUAUUUUGAAUCAGCCAUUGAAAAAAAUGGAGAUGGACAAUGAUAAUCAAUGUGUCGGUGUGACCACCGAAGAUGGUCAAACCUUCCACUGUCGAUGGCUUGUGACAGGCAUUGAUUAUAUGCCGAAAAACUGGUUAUCAUCGACGGAACAGACCUGGGUAUCAAGGGCUUUCCUUGUUACGGAUAGACCAUUGGCAUAUGUGGAGGAGGACCACAUGGAGGCACUCGGAUUUGGUGUUAUUCCGCCUCAAACCAUCGCCGCAAAUACCAAACCAGUCCUUUCUUUACAUCUCAGCAAUGAAAGCAUGGCCUGUCCACGCGAUCAAUAUGUCACUUAUUUAUGGACGGAGGACGAUAGCCAAGUAUUACAGGAUAUUGUCCAAACGUUACUGGAUAAACAUGAUGUGUCACCUCGUUUUGCAUUAUUCUACCAACAACGGAUACGACAUUGUGAGGACGCUCAACUUCCCGGAAAUGUAUUACUCUGCCCUGAUCCGACGGCUUCGCUUGAUUUUGAAGACGCUAUGCGCAAGGCGAUGCAAUUGUUUACCGUUUGUUGUCCCGAAGAGGAAUUCAUGCCCGCUCAGGAGGAAGAUCCUGAUGCUAAUAUCUAGCGUGCAGCAUAUAAAUUGAUGCAAAUCAUAUAUUCAUACUCUGUGUAUAAAAACUAAACUGAAUACAUCCUACGAGGUAGAAUUUAUCAGAUAGUUGAACGAUGGUCACUGUCCUAAAACUUACUUUUUGCUGUGAAAUCAAUGAUCGUGCUUCGCUUCAUUUGUACUUCCAGUAACUCACGCCAAAAGCUUUAAUUUGUUACCAUCAACUUUAUUGUUAUAAGCUUUGCAUGUAACAAACAAGACGUGAUCGAAAUGUAUAAAAUAUAAAUAAAG